AUGAAUAGACUCUGGUGCAUUGUCUGUCUCUUGCUUCUUUCACUAGUACAGUGUGAAAAAUUUCAAAGGCGUGACCAUUCCCUUGUUCCCCCAUACACUGGAGGGUGGACGUCAUAUGGCACGACAAUGUUUUCCCCAAGCGUAGUCCGACUUACUUCUGACCAGCGUGGCGCGAUGGCAGGUGUCUCUAAUGUCUAUCCCCUCUACUCCCGUGACUGGGAGGUCAUAAUUGAUUUCAGGGUUUCUGGAUCUACUGGAACCCUAUUUGGGGAUGGCUUUGCAUUUUGGUAUACCGCUAGCCCCAUUAAACCAGGACCGGCUCUAGGUGCAGAGACGAUUUUCCGAGGCCUGGGUAUCUUCUAUGAUACUUAUAGCAAUCACAACGGCGAGCAUGCCCACGAGCAUCCCUACGUGAGCGCGAUGGUGAGCAAUGGAUCUGUGGCCUACGACCACGAUCACGAUGGGACUCAGACCCAACUGGCCGGAUGUCAUGUCUCCUUUCGAAAUAAGAAUCACAAAACCAAGACUCUUAUCCGAUAUUCCAAAGAUACUCUCGAGGUUUUCAUGGACAUUGAUAAUCAAAACAAGUGGACAACUUGCUUUGAAGUUGGUGGUGUGCAUCUGCCAACUGGCUACUAUCUCGGUGUCUCCGCUGCUACCGGCGACUUGACAGAUACACAUGAAGUUCUGUCCCUGAAAACCUACGAUUUAGGCCUCGCAUAUACCAACGAAGAACUGUUGGAGGAUAGAAGCGCCAUCGAGCCUUCGGCUGACAGUGCAGAACUGCCAAGACCGCAUGUUCCGGAUGUCCCACAAAGCUCACUCUGGAACAUCUUCUUCUACAUUUUCGUCGGCCUCUUUUUCCUUUCCCUCUGCCUGAUCGGGCGCAUGUGUUAUGUGAAUAAUCAACGACGCAAAAAGCGUCUGUUUUAA